AUGACUAUCCCUCUUAGCUUCCUUGCCGAGAAAUGGGGUCGCUCUUCUAUACUCAGGUUCAAUCUCCUGUCUCGCUCAUUCUUGCUAUUCUGGGCUAUCGUUGUCGGUCAUUUUGACGAUUUACUCCCGACUCGUGCUAUACUCGCCGGCCCUGCUCUUUCUGUCCUCGGCGGAGACUGUGUCUUCAACUCUCUCACAUAUUCACUUGUCUCAAACUUGACAGACGAUCAUGUUCAGCGGGCCAUCUACUUUGGCUACAUGAGCUCUAUGUCCUACGUUGUAGCGCUUCUCGGUCCGGCUUUGGCCUCUGUUACCAUGUCAAUAUCACUACUACUCCCAUUCUGUCUGGGGAUAUCGUUACUGUUGUUUGCUAUACCGGCCAUACGUAUGUUACCAUCAACUGCGGAAAUGAGUAAGAACGUCGAUAAUCCUGAUGUGGAACAACAAGAACCUCUCUUAUCAUCUCCACGCUUAAAAGCCCAAGAAGGUGAUCAGUUGGUCUUCCAUUCAGUGGCACAGCGCCUUGGUACAAUCAAGAACAUCGUCACCAGCCACCCAAGAAACUUUACCCUACUUCUCUUCAGCUUCGUGCUCACAUCUCUUGCCAGUUCUGACACGAAACUUCUUGUUCAGUAUAUCUCCGCAAGAUAUAAAUGGACAUUUGCUGCCGCCGGAUACCUCAUAUCUGGCAAAGCGGUUGUCAACUUCACGCUACUGACAUUCAUCAUCCCCAAAGUACUGCGCUCCGCACGACUCGUGCCGGACGAGGCAUACUCGGAAGCUGUGGAUAAGUCAAACCUUUUGAACGCCAUGUACUGUCUGUUAGCUUCUGUAUUUGGUGCAUUGGGGAUUGCAGUAGCAAGCAAAAUCUGGAUGCUUAUUCCAGCAAUGUUCGUAUACGCUCUUGGAUCUGCUUUACCCAUCUUUACUCUCUCCCUUCUCAAAUCACCCGCUAUAUCGCCGCAACAGACGGAUAUUACUACAAAUACUUCCGAAAUUGAGAACCAUGUAUUCUCAAUCGUCAUGUUGGUCAAGACUGCAGGGUCUCUCCUUGGUGCCCCACUGAUGGCUACGCUCUGGGUCUACGGCCUCAGCCUGGGUGAUGUCUCUCUUGGGAUGCCGUUCUUUUUCAGCAGUAUUUGCUACACUGUAGCCAUUUGGGUGUUUUGCAAUAUCGAGGUAGAUAGAUAUUGGAUGUCUCGGCCAUAG